UUUUUCUCUGCGUAGUAGUGACUGGUGACCCGAAGAGUGGUAUUCUUAUUAUCGUUAUGGUUAGGAAGAAGAGAACUGAUACCCCCUCCGGUGGAGGUGAGGGCUCUCAGUCCCAUGAAACUGGUGGUGGCAGUGGUCAUGGUCCCCAGCGUCCCCCUCAACAACAAGGUGGAGGUUAUUCUGGGGGAAGAGUGGCUCCUCAGUCCCAGCAAGGAGGUCGAGGGGGAAGUUAUGGCACUGGUGGUCGAGGUCUUGGAAUGCCACAACAGCAGUAUAGUGGAGGACCGCCUGAAUACCACCAAGGUAGAGGAAGGGGAGGUUCUUACCAUCAAGGAGGUCGUGGGGGAUUUGGUGGUGGUCGAGGCAGUGGUGUCCGUGCUGGAGGACCUUUCCCUGGUGGACCAUCACGACCACCUGUUCCCGAGCUGCACCAAGCAACCCAAACUUUUCAAGUUGAGGUUAUCCGCCAGCCUGCUCCAUCUGAGUCAGGCUCAUCAUCGAGGCCACCUGAGCAGGCACCAUUAGCAGAGCAUCUUCAGCAGCUUUCUAUCCAGCAAGAAGCUGGCCAAGCAAUUCAGCCAGCCCCUCCCUCAAGCAAGUCAUUGAGGUUUCCUUCUCGACCUGGAAAGGGUUCCACUGGCACAAAGUGCAUAGUCAAGGCUAAUCAUUUCUUUGCUGAGCUGCCAGAUAAAGAUUUGCACCAAUAUGACGUUACCAUAACACCGGAAGUAGCCUCACGAGGAGUGAACCGUGCUGUCAUGGCGCAGCUAGUGAAAUUAUAUAAAGAGUCUCAUCUCGGAAAGCGCCUUCCUGCUUAUGAUGGCAGGAAGAGUCUUUACACUGCUGGACCUCUCCCUUUUGUGUCCAAGGAGUUUAAGAUCACCCUUAUUGAUGAUGAUGAUGGUUCAGGAACGCAAAGAAGAGAGCGGGAAUUUAAAGUUGUGAUCAAAUUAGCUGCACGUGCUGAUCUACACCAUCUUGGACUCUUUUUGCAAGGGAAGCAUGCUGAUGCACCUCAGGAAGCUCUUCAGGUUCUGGACAUUGUUCUUCGUGAACUACCUACUACUAGGUACUGUCCUGUUGGCCGGUCAUUUUACUCACCUGGCCUUGGGAGAAGGCAGUCUUUGGGUGAGGGAUUAGAAAGUUGGCGUGGCUUUUACCAAAGUAUUCGUCCAACACAGAUGGGACUGUCGCUGAAUAUUGAUAUGUCUUCAACUGCUUUCAUCGAGCCUUUGCCUGUUAUUGAUUUUGUAACACAGUUGCUAAAUCGCGAAGUUUCUAGGCCACUAUCUGAUUCUGAUCGUGUGAAGAUUAAAAAGGCUCUUAGAGGAGUCAAAGUAGAAGUUACACAUCGGGGCAACAUGCGAAGAAAAUAUCGUAUAUCUGGUUUAACAUCACAAGCGACUAGAGAGUUGACUUUUCCUGUAGAUGAAAGAGGCACAAUGAAAUCUGUUGUGGAGUACUUUCACGAAACUUAUGGUUUUGUCAUUCAACAUACCCAAUGGCCAUGUCUACAAGUUGGGAAUCAGCAGAGACCAAAUUAUUUGCCAAUGGAGGUAUGCAAGAUUGUAGAAGGGCAAAGGUACUCGAAGAGAUUGAAUGAGAGACAGAUUACUGCUCUUCUGAAGGUCACCUGCCAGCGUCCUCCGGAGAGAGAGUAUGAUAUUAUGAAGACGGUGAAACACAAUGCUUAUCAUGAAGACCCUUAUGCAAAGGAGUUUGGAAUUAAAAUUAGUGAGAAACUUGCUUCUGUUGAAGCACGCAUUCUGCCUGCACCAUGGCUUAAAUAUCAUGAUGCAGGCAGAGAGAAGGAUUGCCUGCCUCAGGUUGGGCAAUGGAAUAUGAUGAAUAAGAAAAUGGUUAAUGGCGGGACUGUAAACAACUGGAUCUGCAUAAAUUUUUCUCGACAAGUCCAGGAUAGCGUGGCUCGAGAUUUUUGUUAUGAACUUGCACAAAUGUGUUAUAUCUCUGGCAUGGCUUUUUCUCCUGAACCAGUGCUUCCUGCUAUUAGUGCUCGGCCCGAGCAGGUUGAGAAAGUCUUGAAAACAAGAUAUCAUGAUGCCAUGAUUAAACUCCAACCCCAGAACAAAGAGCUAGACCUGCUGAUUGUUAUUCUCCCGGACAACAAUGGUUCUCUUUAUGGUGAUUUGAAACGGAUUUGUGAGACUGAUCUUGGUGUUGUUUCUCAGUGCUGUUUAACUAAACAUGUAUUUAAAAAGAGCAAACAAUAUUUGGCCAACGUGGCAUUGAAGAUUAAUGUCAAGGUUGGAGGAAGGAAUACAGUUCUUGUUGAUGCAAUAUCACGAAGAAUUCCUCUUGUUAGUGACCGACCAACUAUAAUUUUUGGUGCUGAUGUUACCCACCCUCACCCUGGGGAAGAUUCGAGCCCUUCUAUUGCAGCUGUUGUUGCCUCCCAAGAUUGGCCAGAGGUUACAAAGUAUGCUGGUCUGGUUUGUGCUCAAGCUCAUCGUCAGGAGCUCAUUCAAGAUUUAUACAAAACGUGGCAGGAUCCUGUAAGAGGGACAGUUUCUGGGGGCAUGAUUAAGGAGCUCCUAAUAUCUUUCCGAAGAGCCACCGGACAGAAGCCACAGCGCAUCAUAUUCUACAGGGAUGGUGUCAGUGAAGGCCAGUUUUAUCAAGUUUUGUUAUUUGAGCUUGAUUCUAUUCGUAAGGCAUGUGCCUCCUUGGAACCUAAUUAUCAGCCUCCUGUUACUUUUGUUGUUGUACAAAAACGCCAUCAUACAAGGUUGUUUGCGAGCAACCAUAAUGAUCGCCGUUCUAUUGACAGGAGUGGGAAUAUUUUGCCUGGGACAGUUGUUGACUCCAAAAUUUGUCAUCCAACGGAGUUUGACUUCUACUUAUGCAGCCAUGCUGGUAUUCAGGGUACUAGUCGUCCAGCUCAUUACCAUGUGCUAUGGGAUGAGAACAAGUUUACGGCUGAUGCAUUACAAUCUCUUACAAACAACCUCUGCUAUACAUAUGCAAGGUGCACGCGGUCCGUGUCAAUAGUUCCCCCUGCCUACUAUGCUCAUCUUGCUGCUUUUAGAGCUCGUUUUUAUAUGGAACCGGAGACCUCAGACAGUGGAUCAAUGACAAGUGGCACGGUUGCAGCUCGUGGAGGUGCUGGGGCAGGUGGUCGAAGCACAAGAGGGCCUGGUGCUAGUUCUGCUGUGAGACCUCUGCCCGCCCUCAAGGAAAAUGUCAAGAGGGUUAUGUUUUACUGUUAGGUUCUGCAUGAUCGUAUCUCAUUGAGAUGAUCAACAGUUUC